AGAGGAGGUGAAUGAGAAGUUAAAGGACACACCUGAUGGUACUUUCUUGGUGAGGAAUGCCACCACAUGGUCCAGAGAUGGAGACUACACACUAACACUCAGGAAAGGUGGCAGCAAUAAGUUAAUCAAGAUCUAUCACAAGAAUGGCAAGUAUGGGUUUGUGGAGCCUCUAAAGUUCUCCUCAGUACAGGAGCUGGUGGCCCAUUACAGACAGCACACCCUGGGGCAGUACAACAAGACACUGGAUGUCACCCUCAAGUACCCACUGUCCAAACAUCAGCAGGCUGAAGAUGCGGACUUGAACGCCAAUUUAGAUGAGGUGUGUAAGAGACUGGUAGAGAUCAAUAGAGAAUACUUGAAGAAGACUUUGAAAUAUGACAAGCUGUAUGAUGGACAUUCAAGAACUACGCAGGAGCUUCAACUUAAGCACCAGGCGUUGGAUGCCUUCUCAGAAACAAUCACGGUAUUUGAGGACCAGAUUACGCUUCACGACAAGUUUAAGCAGCAGGCCCAGCCCCACGAGCUGCAGAAGUUAGAGGAGAACUACAAAUUGUUAGCUGACCGACUUCAGGAAAUCAAGAGAAGUAAAGAACAGUUGGAGGAAGAUUUGAGAUAUCAGACUGAAGAGAACCGCCGCCUCAUUGAGGAGAUGAACAGUCUGAAACCAGAAAUCAAGAGAGAAUACAAACUACGGGAACAGUAUAUUAAAUACCUGAUUGACAAAAAUGUGAACAAAGAUUACAUAGAUGAAAAGCUGCUAGGGGAGACGGAGAGGAGGAUUAGUCAGGGUACUCCUGAUGAGGAGGAACCCUACUAUGUCGGUGCCCCUGUCAUGAAUAACGACCUCCCCAGCAUAGCUCACUACAACGAGAGCACAUGGUACAUCGACUGUGAUAGGUACACGGCAGAGAACCUCCUGCAGAAUAAGCCAGACGGUACCUUCCUGAUCCGACCUAGCAGCAAGAUGAACUCCUACGCACUGUCAUUAAAUGCAAAUGGCCGAACAGGGCACUGUGUAAUAGAACACAAGGCGACAGGCUUUGGGUUUGCCGAACCUUUCUUUAUUCAUCAGACUCUACUGGACUUGGUCCUUCAUUACCGUGAAACUUCACUGCAUGAACACAACCCUGAGCUGGAUGUGACAUUAGUUCACCCUGUGAAAGCCCCACAGCCUGGGAGCUCAUAUACUUACAUGCAGUGAUCCCAUGACUUGGCCUUCAGUCAAUAGAAAGAUCCAUAACUCAACUGGUUACUUCCUGUGAAUGUUUCACAGCCAAUGAAGAGACAUGACUUGAGAUCGCAGCCAAUGGAUGGCUUGUUUUAGUGAUUGAUACAUGCUGUGUAAGUUAUAAAUCCAAAGAGGGAACAUGUGACAUGAGGUCUCUGGCAAUGGGAACCUUGGUUACUUGACUAAUGCAUGCUGGGACAGUUUCACAGCCAAUUAGGUGGUGCAUUACUACAGAAAAAAGCCAAUAAGAAGCUGUUUAAAAUAUUGUGAUUCAUUGUAAACUCAAAGUGAAGUUGUAACUAUUCUGUUUUUCAUGAUGAAAUGCCCCGUGGCCAUUUGAAAGUCUUCACUGGCACACAUUGGGUUUGUGGGGCAAUGAAAAACUUUUCAACUUAGUUGAAACGCCCACUGAUCUCUUUUCUACCACCAGUCAGGAACAGUCUGACUGUAAAUGUUCAUCAUAUUCUGAGAGGAGAGGGUCCGUCCUCUAAUAAUUGUCACAGAAUAUGGUGCUGUAAAAUGGUUUUAAGAUAAAUAAAUGUUUACAAAUUUGUCUUGAAAUAUGCUGAGAUGGUGUGUUUUGCCUGCUGCAGGACAGUGAAGGGUCACACGUGAGCAAUUUCAAUUUUUGACCCGAACAUUCAAGACAAUGAUGAUUUCAGUAAAUGUUAUUUGUAAAUUACAUUUUUGUUGGGACAUUUUCUGUUUGGUGAGAGUUAGAUUUUGUGUUGGACUUUGGUUCAGUGUUGAUGAAUUUAUUUUGAAACACUUAGCUAUUGAUUUAUAUAUUGCAUGUCUUUAAAUUUCACCAAAUUAGUCUUGUGAUUAUAAAUUUCACUCAUUAUUAUCAUACGUUUCCAUCGGUUUAUAUUGUUAAGUCAAGAAAUAUUGUGGUUUUAUUGAAAAUUGCUAAAGGAUGAAUCAGUAUAUGAAAUGAAUAGAAGUGUCAUUUCUUUAAAUUUGUGGGCCAGGUAUAAAAAAAAAGUUGACGUGGGCCCCUCUUGUCAUAUUAUUUCUAAGUGGUAAUCACUCUUUAAAAAAAUGUCACUCAGACAUCAUUUGUAUACCUGUACUACAGAUAGCUUUAUUCUUUAAGUUGCAACUCAGCAUAUGUAUUAAAAUUGGUUUAGAUUUUUAAAAUCGCCAACUUGUUUAUUCUUGGAAAUGCUGUAUUACAGCUGCCCCACUAUUUUGUAGUUUUUUUUCUAGAACUAGCUGUAGACAGAUUGUGCAGUUGUGCUGAAUGCUAUUUGAAGAAGUUGCAAGCAAUUUUCUAAUCUGUGAUACGUACUGUCAUUCCCAGUGAAUCUGUAUUAAUAGCACAACAUUGUAGUGUAGAACUAUAUUCAGUGGAGAAACUAGAUUUAGCUUCUCUUCUCACAGCACUGGCUGUAUGAAAUGAAAUGGUUGUUGAAUCAUUGCCAUAAUAAGUUGAACUGAGUCUUUCUGAAUUAUAUGAUAUAUGCUUGUUUGAUAGUUGAUAUUGAUGUGUAUUUACAUAUGAAAUGAAAUGAUCAAGCCGUCUGCUUGUUACUGUUGUGUAGGUUUUAGUUUAGAAUAGAUAAAAAAGGAAAAUUUGAUCCAAUCAUUUAAUUGUAAAAAAGUUGGUAGAGCAAAGGAAAGUGGACUUGUUCCUUAAAUAUAUUAACUUCAAUUGUACAUAAGUGUUAACCUCUGUAAAUAAUUUGUCCCAUUGAUUCAGGUUGAGUGACAGAUAAAUUACAUGAUUUAAUUAUUACCAGACAUCGAAUUGGGUGUAAAAUGUAAGAUGGACCUAAAGAUUAAGCAAAUAAAUUAAGCUUAAUGAGGAAA